AUGGCCCCGAAAACUUCCAUAUCCCCUCCGUCCUCCGCCGGAGGUCAACAGCCGGCCAAGUCCUUGGUGAUUCGCUCACAGGCAAGCCUUCGUCUAGAUCUGGAUAUCGGUGUUUCGCGCCAAGGCGACUGCCACGGGUUGGAAGACACGGACUGCCACAGUCAAUCAACCGCUCUACUACAUAAUAACGCCCACUCAGAAGGCGUGUACCCACAAGAGACUCCGGAUUGGAAUAAUCUGGGUGUUAUCCAUCGAAAUACCCUUCCACCCAGGAGCCACUAUUCCCUGUACAAUUCCGAGGACGAUGCCAUCACAGCUCAACCUUCCGAGGCGAGAAGCUUUUUGCUCUCUGGUCUUUGGGGCUUUGAUCUGGCCGACAGCCCCUUCAAUGGUCCCACGAGUUUCUAUGAGCCGGGCUUCAAUAAUACCAAAUGGCCGCUUGUCAAGGUCCCGGGCAUGUGGCAAUGCCAAGGCUAUGGCAAAGGACCUCAGUACACCAACGUGAAUUAUCCAUUUCCGGUAGACCCACCCAAUGUACCGUAUGAUGACAAUGAAUGUGGACGUUAUGUCACAACCUUUGCAGUACCAGAACACUUGAAGGAUGGAUGCCAAUGGCGCCUCAGAUUCGAAGGAGUCGAUUCCGCCUUCACUGUAUGGCUCAAUGGCGAAAAGGUGGGCUACUCUCAGGGUUCGAGGAACCCGAGUGAAUUCGAUGUGACGACGUACCUCGACCUCGACUCUGAGCAAAACUAUCUUGCCGUGGAAGUUUACCAGCGUUGUGAUGGAAGUUAUAUUGAGGAUCAGGAUCAAUGGUGGUUGAGUGGUAUUUUUCGAGAUGUUUGGCUGCACUCAUUCCCGUCCACCCGCAUCGAAGAUUUCCACGUUCGCACUCUCCUCGAUGAAGAUUAUGAAGAUGCUGAGCUAGCCAUCGAUGUUAUUUUCAACAAGCCCAACGUUGAUCUGUCGGCAAAGCUUCUAGAUGAGGACGGAAAAGUCAUUUUCAGCGACGUCUACACGUCAGAAAACUCCUCUUUUAAAUUCAGUCGAUAUAUGAAAUCGCCCCAAAAGUGGACUGCAGAAACACCCUAUUUGUAUACUCUUGUGCUGUCUGUAGCUGGUAUACACGUAGCCCAAAAGGUUGGCUUUCGUGUUGCCGAGCUGAUUCACGGCGUGUUCUGUGUCAAUGGACAGCCUGUCAAGCUUCGUGGUGUAAAUCGUCACGAGCAUCAUCCCGAAUCCGGAAGAACUGUACCUUACGACUUGCUCAAGGACGACCUCCUCCAGAUGAAGUUCUUUGGUAUCAAUGCCCUUCGCACCUCACACUACAUCAAUGACCCACGUUUGUAUGAAAUCGCAAAUGAAAUUGGUCUUUGGGUACUAGACGAAGCAGAUUUGGAAUGUCAUGGCUUCGGCGAAGUCGGUGGUGAUCCGGCUAGCUUCGCCUCGGACAACCCUGCAUGGAAGGAAGCCUAUGUAGACCGCGCCAGGCAGAUGGUCAUGAGGGAUAAAAAUCAACCUUGUAUUGUCUUAUGGUCACUUGGCAAUGAAUCCUUCUAUGGGAGGAACCACCAGGCCAUGUACGAUGAGAUCAAGCGAGUGGACCCCACACGACUCAUUCACUACGAGGGAGACCAAGACGCAAAGACGGCAGACAUCUACAGUCGAAUGUAUACUUCCGUUGAUGACAUGGUGAAGUAUGCCAAGGAGAAGGAUUGGAAGAAACCAUUUGUCAUGUGCGAAUAUGCGCAUGCGAUGGGCAAUGGUCCAGGAGCCGUCAAGGAGUACAUUGAGGCUUUUUACAAGUACCCACGACUUAUGGGCGGAUUCGUCUGGGAAUGGGCUAAUCAUGGAUUGAAGACAAAGAAUGAGCAUGGGGAGGACUACAUGGCCUACGGCGGCGACUUUGGCGACGAUCCAAACGAUGGGAAUUUCGUCAUGGACGGCCUCUGCUUUGCGAAUCAUGGCCCCGGUCCAGGUUUGUGGGAAUAUGGUCAAGCGAUUCAACCCAUCCAAGUCCUUGGCUGCAAGAACUGGGAGGUCGAGAUCAUCAACCGUUAUGACUUCCUCAACCUCGACGACAUUGACUGCUUCUGCGGUGUCAUUAUGGACAGACAGGAGAUUUCUGGUCGUAGAGUGAAGCUUCCGAAGGGAAUCAAGCCACACACGAAAGCCACACUGAUCAUUCCAGAUUUACCCCGGAUCUUUGCAGGUGAAGCCUGGCUGCGUUUGGACUUUGUCCUGUCUAAAAGGACAAAAUGGGCGUAUGCCGGACACACAGUGGCAACUAGCCAGCUACCUUUAAGCAGACCCGAAUCUCUUGCAACGCUCAAGACCAUCUCGGACCCGGCUAUGCCUGGCAUGCGAAGAACAGAUAACGCAGUCCAUGUAUUGCUCGAAAACGGUACCAUAUUUGGCUUCAACACGAUCAACGGGGACUUGUUCUCUCUUGCACAGAUUGGGCGUCCCAAUCACAAUCUCAUGACCGAGCCUCCAAGUCUGGACUUCUACCGUGCAUUGACAGACAACGAUCGACCCGGUCACGGCAAAGAAUGGAUUGAUCGCCGGGUCCACCAAACGCGAAAGCAUUUCACCAAGGUUGCUACAAAUGAGCACAAUGGCGUCCUCAAGAUUGUCGUGGAAGGUCGCGUCGCUCCUCCUGUGCUUGCCUGGAGUGUCGACACUGUAACGACGUACACCGUCACGGCAAACUACUGUAGCGUUAGCAUCAAAGCCAAGCCCAAGGGGCUUUUACUUCCCAGUACAUUUGCACGCUUUGGACUCACUCUCGGUCUCAAGGACGUACGGAUUGUGGAGUGGUUUGGCCGCGGACCGGGUGAGUCAUAUAUCGACAAGAAAGAAGCACAGCAUGUGAACACAUUUGGCGCCACUGUAGAUAGUCUCUUCACCAACUACGAGUUUCCCCAGGACUGCGGCAACCGCACAGACGUUCGGUGGGUCGAGUUCCGCGAAGAGUGGGGUGUGGGUGAGAGUGGAAGACUCCUCCGGGCACGAUUCGGCGAUCACGAAGGCGCGAGCUUCAGCGCCAUGCAUUAUAGCACUGCGGAUCUAGACGAGGCCAAACAUCCAUAUGAGCUCAAGAAGGUCAAGAGGGAUGACACCAUGGUGAGGCUGGACUGGUAUCACCAUGGUCUGGGCACUGCGAGCUGUGGACCAGCCACGCUGCCGCAAUACCAGCUGAAAACAGAUCGCGAGUUUGACGUCGAGUUAUUGCUGGACUGA